GUAGCCUCCCAGCCAAUCCACUUUAUAGCCCACUCGGAAAACGCUGAUCGCACUGCCGGAGUAGAACGACUGUUGAGCGAAAAAAAUGCAAAUGGAAGCACCGCAGCUCGAAAUCUGCUGACGACCUGCAACCUGCAGUCGACUUUGGAGGAGGGUAUUGGGUGCCGGAUUUUGGCCAAACAGCUCUCUGCGCAAAUGGCUAAGACGAUGACGUUCUGGUUUCUGGUCUUGGCUCUGGUGACCUUAAAUCCAACCUGGCCAUUCUGGCGCGCAGGGGCUGCCGAUGUCACUUCCGCAUCGAUGUUCCAGUUUCUGGACCGACACAAUGCCGCAGGCGACCACAGUUGGUCCCACCUACUGCCCAUCAACUUUUACUCCGAGAUGAACCAGCAGUACUACAGGCGAUUCCGGCGCCAGGCUGGCAGGACAAACACCUUCGGAUCGGGAAGUCGGCGGCAGUACCCCUUUGAAUAUGCCCGAUAUGUCUAAUGAUAAUAAAAGUAACCACGAAUCA